GUACUUGGUGAUGGAGCUGAUGGAUGCCAGCCUGUGCCAGGUGAUCCACAUGGACCUGGACCACGAGCGCAUGUCCUACCUGCUCUACCAGAUCCUCUGUGGGAUCCGCCACCUCCACUCGGCCGGCAUCAUCCACCGGGACCUCAAGCCCAGCAACAUAGUGGUGAAGUCCGACUGCACCCUGAAGAUCCUGGACUUUGGACUGGCCAGGACAGCUUGCACCAACUUCAUGAUGACCCCCUACGUGGUGACCCGGUACUACCGUGCCCCCGAGGUGAUCCUGGGGAUGAAGUACAAGGAGAACGUGGACAUCUGGUCAGUAGGGUGCAUCAUGGGAGAGAUGGUGAAAGGCAGCGUCAUCUUUCAGGGGACCGACCACAUCGACCAGUGGAACAAGGUGAUCGAGGUGCUGGGGACGCCCACCAUGGAGUUCAUGAACCGCCUUAUGGAGACCGUGAGGAACUACGUCCUGAACAAGCCGCAGUACCCGGGGGUCAACUUCGCUGAGCUCUUCCCCGACUGGGCCUUCCCGUCCGAGACGGAGCAGGACAAACUCAAGACUGGUCAAGCACGCGACCUGCUCUCCAAAAUGCUGGUGAUUGACCCGGAAGCCCGAAUCUCCGUGGAGGAGGCCUUGAACCACCCCUACAUCCACGUUUGGUACGACCCUGCGGAGGCCGACGCGCCUCCUCCUCAGAUCUCAGAUAAGCAGCUUGAAGAAAGAGAGCACAGCAUCGACCAGUGGAAAGAGCUUAUUUACGACGAGGUCAUUGACUGGGAGGAGAGGAGCAAGAACGGCGUGACGAAAGAGGACUGCUCAGACGCGGUCUCGGGGUCGGCCUCCCAGUCGUCCUCGGCCAACGACAUCUCCUCCAUGUCCACGGAGCAGACCCUGGCGUCGGACACGGACAGCAGCAGCAUCGACACGCUGACCGGGCCCCUGGACGAGAGCCAGUGAGCCGGGGCCCCCGCCGCCAGGGGCCCCCCGCCCCGCCGGCCUGGGGGGCCGGUCCGCUCCGGUCUGCUCCGGUACGGUCCGGUCUGUCUGUCCAUCCGUCUGCCUCAGCAGGCCCUCCACCCCCCCCCCCCUUCCAGGCGAGUCAGUCUGUCAGUACCGGGUCACUCAGUCCUCCCGUGGGGGCUUGCCCUCCUCCAGGUAUUUAGUUGUCUGUGUUUUUUCUAUUCCAUUUUUUUAUUGAGUUAUUUUCUUGGUUGCUGGUUUGACGAUGGAGCUCUUUGUGUGCAGUUGGACUUUCGUGUGUCUGUGUGGGGGGGGGGAGGGGGGGGGAUGAGGGUCGCCGCGGUGGUGGUUAAGUCCGUACCCUUUAUCAGGAUAACGUCGAGCCUGAUCAAGCAUUCUGGAACGCGUGGUUCCUUCUAAACCACCAACUUGGAUGAGAGACACUGUAGUUGUCAGAUGAGACUACAGCUGCUGGCUGUUGAAGCCCCGCCCACAUCCUGCUCACAUCAUUGGCGCCGCCCCACAGCGUCAAACACUCAGUAUUCUAUGUUGUUUUUAUGAAUUGCCGCGUUUGACGCAGGUUUGAGCUUUCACCCCCGGCUGCCAGGGGGCGCUGUGGCUGAGUUCCCAGUGUUUGAUCCAUGGUUUAUUUCUGCCUGUAUUGUGCUGUAUGUUUUAAAGAAAAGUGUCAGAACGUUUUUGAAUUGCAAAUGACAUACUUGAUUUGUAAGAAGUAGUGGAGUUCCUCUAGAGCUGUAGGCCUGGCAAUGCCCUCGUAUGAUUUGACGGUACUGACUUUUGAUGUGUUUAUCAAACAGAAACUCAUUAACAUUUGGGAGCGGGGGAAACACAUGUUAUUGUAUUUAUUGUUUUCUUGCAAUGUGUUGCACAGAAUAGUUGAGCGGAGGGCCGAUGGCGACUGGGCCCUGGUCAAUACAUUUCAUCAUCCACUGCCCGACCCAAAGGGUGCCACUCCAAAGUAUUCCAUUAGGACAGGGACAGAAGAAACCAAGGAAUUAAAACAGUCAUUUCAAAAAGCAUCUUAGGAAAACAGGACAGACACCGUAAUCCCUACGCAAGGAUGUUGUUCACCCUGCAUGGCAGCCAAGGGUUCUCCUCAACGCACUCAGAACAGUUCUCCUAAUGAACCCCAGUCAGGGUCCCCUUCACCUUCCAGCCACACUACUUUUACAUUCUCUAGACCCUGUUUGAAAUGCUGUUCCCUCCCGUCACUCCGUCCCUGUUGUUGUGUUUUUAAAUGAUUAUCCUAGUGUACUGUGAGGCACCCUCUCCCAGAACUUAGAUUGUCAUUCCAUCAGAUAAUUUUUUAUUAAAUAGUUAAUAGUUCCCAAACGUGGACCAGACCUCUAGAGUCUGACGCGAGCGUCUGUACAGCUGGACGGUUCACUCAUUUAAUGAAUUUGCUUAAGAAUAUAGAGGAAAAUGAUGGAGAGAGAAAGUAGAUUCGAGCACUCUUGUUGUACACUUUAUGUUCUUGUUUAACAAAAGAAAAAACUUCAUCCUCACCCAAUCAUGCCUUAAACAAUCAGGGAUGCGCACGGCGACCUGUUUAUUAUGGGAUGUGUACUCCCAACAUGUUGUGUUCGCCAUGUCUAACAUGGAGAGGCUUUGUAUGCACUGUAGGCUACAUCAUGAGUUCACAUGUCGUGCUAGCUUUCCACCUAGGGUUGUUUUUGAAUUUGCUUGAGUGACUGCUUCGACUACCAUUCGGACCAUGUGGCUUAUCAACUUUACAUCCUCAGAAAUAAAAAUGGACGUCCAAACGGUU